AUGGAGAGCGGCACAGUGGAUCCUCGACAGCUGCAGCGGCCGCAGCAGAGUGGCAGUGGGAGCGGUGCACAAAUGAAUGGCGUCGCAACAGCGAGCAGCUCCCGCGGGGGAGGGCUUUACAUCCCGACAGUACAGGAAGCCCUCCCAUAUACACCCUUCAGCUCAAUAGUCCCCUUCAAUCCAGAUAUCAUGCUACCACCGCUUGCAUUGCCAAACACUGCACCAACUGCGUUUCAGAACGACGAAAGUGUCAACCUCGCACGCCGAGACCUCGACCGACUUGCAGCUGGUGCUAGGAGCGCAGAGCAGGCCUCGAAUCGGUGCUCACAGACUUUGAAUGGUGUGAAGAAGCUGUUGAAAGGCGAUGACCUGCCCGAGUACAAGUUCAAGAGGACCAAAAAGCAUCCGAAUACCGCGCAGCCGGCAGAGACCUUGACGCAGCCUGUUCUGCAGCCAAAGUUAAGCGAUUUCGCCAAGAUGGUGUUGGAUAGUACCCAAGUGUCGUACCGCUACACCACGUCUCUACAAGAUGCGUCGCAGAUUAUGGAGAAGAAGGGGUCCUCCGCUAUGGUGCGCCCCGAAGCUGGACAUCGUGAACAUAGGGAGCCUCUAGCUGCAGUGCGUUCAGAACCGCAGCGUGAUGUCCCUGCACAAUCGACUACAUCAACGCAACGUGCAGCAUCGAAGCCAAGAGUGAUAUUGGGCCCGCCGCCGGCACGACACUCGCAAUCUUCUCCAGCGGUACACGGUAACGUGCAGCAUGUAUCGAAUUCCAUAGUGCCCCAGCAGCAGCGGUCUCCGCAGCAACCACCAAAUGCUAUGCCGAUGCCGCCACGUUCCACAUCGGAUAUGCAGGCUAUACCACAGGUUCAACAGCACCGACCAGUUCAGCAUCAGAAGAAUGCGCCUGUCGCUCUUGUGCCGCACAUCCCAAGACUAUCGCAAUCGUCUCAGCAUUCGGCGACUCCUACCGCUAGUCAGCAGGAUGAACUUGCUAUGCCUAUAACAAAGCAUACCACGCCACAGCACACGAAGAACUCGCCCACGUCUACGCCGCAAUUGCAUGUGCCAUACAUUCCUAUCGUGAAGAUGACGCCGGCACAACGCGCAGAGUACCAGAGGAUACCAGACCCGACUUCGGCCAGCACGUUGGCUAGAAAUCAAAAUGCAUAUCUUACCAACGGGUCGCGUGUGAAUUCUGAUCAGCGUCAGAAGGCGGAGCAGGCUUUGGAAAGUCUGCAAAACCAACUUGAAUCGAUAUUCGCAGCUGAAGACCAGAUGCAACCGGACACCUCUGAGGAUGUGUCGAAGCGUGCAAAUACACUAUUCGAUACACGUAAUACCGAAGAAGGGCCCGCGCUCAUCCUGCAGGCUGAUGCGCAGUCAAGGCUGGAUGCCGCCUUUAAGAAAGUCGUCUCCUAUAGCCGCCUCGAUUUCGUAGAAGUCGACACCUUAACUCGGGUGCAACGCAUUUGUGAACGUUCUCUGGCCGCACUGCACUCUGGCUCUCUCGUCAUUGGAGAGGAUUGGUCGGAGGAUGAUAUUGGAGACUGGCUUGACCGCGUUUCCAAUGCUGAAAAUGGUCUCAUUGCAGCACGUACGCUGAUGCGCAUCAUGACUGGUGGAGCGCAUCGCAAGGAGUUGCAAUCGGAAGACUGCCUCAAAAACGUGCUCGAUGCCUUGAGGACGGUCGUCGAAGUGUGCGUCAUUCCUGUUGUUCAAGAGCGUGCCAGUCUUUACGAUGACGCCAAGGGCAAGAAAGAUGCGCCGAGCAAUCCCAGAUUUAGCAUCGCAACAAAAUGCCGCCCUGAGCUCCAGGGACUACUGGCAGCAGCCAUAAAGCUUUUACGACAGCUGGGUGAUCUGUUUGCCAAGACUGAUGUGGACGAGAGCGGCGUCUCCAGUCUGCAAUACAUGUGCAAGAUGCUCAUCUUUACAGAGAAUGCAAGCCACGAACGGGACUCUGCUAUCGGAAUCCAGACGUUCGAGCAGAUGCGACGCUUCGCAAUGGACGUCACUUCCAAGAUCUUCACGAAAUACACGGAUCAGCGCACUUUCAUCAUUGACGAGAUCCUGAUGUCUCUCGAGAAGCUCCCAGCCAACAAGCAGAGCGCCCGCCAAUAUCGCCCCGCCGAUGCGAAGCCUAUACAGCUGGUUUCAGCUCUUCUCAUGCGCUUAGUCCAGACUAGUGCAACGCCGAGCGAGAAGACACUCCGUCAGAAAACAGAGGCUGCGGAGUCGGAAGAUGAACUCGGCGGGGAUUCUGAAGCGGCAGACUCAGAGUCAGAAGGAGAGUCUGAGGAUUCCGACAAUGUCGUAGUCAAGAAGAACACCAAACCCAAGAAGCCUGCGGUUGACUUGUUAUCGUUCUACAGGCCGUUACAGCAAGCUACUAUCGGCCAUGCAAGAUACAUUGUGAACAUUUUGAUCCAACGAGCGUCUCAAACAACAAAAGCGAGCGAGGAACCGUACCGCAAGCUCCUGGACAUCUUCGUGGACGAUUUCCUCAAUGUACUCGGUCAUAGCGAUUGGCCUGCGGCUGAAGUCUUGCUUCUGGCACUCGUCGCACAACUCGUCAGCAUCGCCGAAAAUGCGAAGAGUCCUGCGCCCUCACGCACACUGGCGCUGGAAUUACUCGGCACUAUCGGUUCUGGAAUCUCUGGGCUUCUCUCUUCGACUGCUGAUAUGGCUAAAGCCACGGAUGCGGAUGAUCGUGUUUCGCAGCAUCUCGUCAAGCUCGCGGACACCUUCGAGGACGGAGAAUUGACCGUGUCGCAAUUGACCUCGUUCGAGGGGCCCUACCGCAUUGUCGUUCAAUACCUGCAAGAUCGAAAUGUUGGAGACGAUGCCCAACUGCUGACUGCACGCGGCUAUCAUCUGGUGCAGUGGGCGGAUCAAGUCUGCAAUGCUGGGGACGUCGGCACCAAGGUUUCGCAGGACCUCCAGGACAAGAUUCUGCACACCAUGAAGGACGUCAACUGGCUGGCCGAUCAUCAUCCUUUCCCCAAACUAGUCACCGCGCAUGGUAAGCUUGCUGCGAGGAUCGUCACCGCAAACUCGAAGCUGUGUAAGGCCUUUGAUCGCAUCUUCAACAUCAUCCUCGCCUCAAUGCGAAGUGAGCAGCCAACAGUGCGAAGUCGUAGUCUGAAGAGCGUUACGACCCUGCUCGAUCAGGAUCCGACUGUUCUUGAUCGCAGUGAUUCUGUCCUGAAGCAGAUCGUACAUUGCAUGGGUGAUUCGUCUUCACUGGUCCGGGACUCCGCGCUCAUUCUCGUCCAGAAAUGUGUCCAAUUGCGACCUCGCAUCGAGCUCAGGAUCUACGAAAAGGUGGUGGAGCGCACCACUGAUACCAGCUCAUCUGUCCGCAAGCGUGCAAUCGCAUUUCUGAAGCAGGUCUAUUUGCAUGUCGAAGACAACAACGUUCGAGCUAAGAUUUCGAACGCGAUGAUCUCUCGUGUGCACGAUGUCGACGAGGGCGUAGCAGAGGUGGCACGAGCUACCAUCGAAGACGUGUGGUUCUCCGCAUUCCGUGAUCUCAAUCGCGAAGGUCAUCGGUCUGUUGAAGCAUCGCUGCAGUUGCGUUCUCACGCUGCUCUGAUCAUCCAGACUGUCGACCUUGGAGAUAACGUUGCCAAUGUGCUAGAAGCUCUGAUCAAGAGCCUCCUGGCCAAAUCGAAACAAGCUGGUGAUAAUGCUAAGAUCUGCAGAUCAUUUGUUGCUGUAUUGUUCGAGGGCAGUAUCGAUACCAGCGAGAUUCCUGGAGAACCAUCACAAGGAGCUAUCCUGCAAGCGUUGACGGUUUUCGCCCGAGCCGGACCUACGCUUUUCACAACCUCGCAGCUUGAGCUCCUGGAGCCUUAUACCAAGAAUUUGAAGACCACCGAUGACCUCGACGCAUGGCACUUCGUCGUCACGAUUCUGCGGUAUACGUUGCCAGUACUGGCAGACUUCAAACCAGACUUCCUCGGCAACCUACAAGGGAGUCUAUUGCAAUGUGUACCGAGUAUACCCUCGUCAGAAGUUGCAGUCGUGGCACCAUGUCUGUGGACCAUUGACGGCCUCAUCGGCAAUACCGAUCGGCUUGUGCGGUUCUUGAUCUCCGCUAUGGCUGGAGUGACAAGUCGGCAACAUGUCAACCUACGCGAGGAGAAGAACCAACCACAGGUGAAGGCCGUAAACAAGCUGCUGACCAUUAUCGGACAAUUCGGAAAAGCAUGCCACCUGGAUGCCCUCCUGGCCGAUUUCAAAGCCAGCCCAAAGCUCAAUCCGUACAAGGGCAGUUCUGUUGCGGAAAUGAUGAUUGAGCUAUGCUGUAAAUUCACGACUCCGUCGCAACCCACCUCAGUGCGAGAGGCGGCCUUGGAGGCCACCCUUGCGAUUUGUCAGCGGUAUGCUACGAACUACAUGCGAGAAGAUGUGGUGAAAGCGAUUCAGCUCGUGUUUGAUGGCAAGGAGCAGUUGUUGGAGCAGGUCUUGCUGACGAGCAUGGAGGCGUUCUUCCGGUCUGGCGAGAAGGGCGACGAGGAUUCUAGUGCCCCAGAACUGGGCAGUGGUAUUGCGAGCGGAACCCAGCGCCUGGGCGGCACGUAUCAAGCCACUGGAUUCGACACGGCAUCCACAGCGUUGACUGCAAGGUUCCUGGAGAAGCACUUUGUGCGAAUCGCGCUCAGCUCGACAAAUGAUACCGCGGUGACAGCAGCUCGCAUUAUCGUGAGCAUCAAUACUCAAGGUUUCGCACAUCCUGGCCUGACGGCCAACGCGCUUGUGGCUCUGCAGACCAGCUCCAACACGACGAUUGCCAAGAUGGCCUACUUGUCGUACAAAGAGGCAUGGAUCAAGCAUGAAAGUACGCUGGAGAAGACGCUCAUGAAAUCGGUGCAGGAGGCAUUCCAGUACCAGAAAGAAGUCAUGCAUAGCACGUUAGGCUGCACUGGGCACCCACCCACGUCGAAACUGCACUAUUUCUGGGACAUUUUGAAGACCGGCAACGCCAAGUCGCGCAAGAAGUUCUUCGCCCAUUUGUGCGCUGCCAUGGACUUUGACUCGACAAAGAUGACGGAAGUCCCGGAGCUCUUACGCCAUCUCGAAUUUGUGCGUUUCUCCGUGGAGGGUAUCGCGUUCCUCGACUAUGAGAAGACCGAUGAUGUCCUGUUGAUCCUGUCCUCUCUGCAAAAGGUUUUCUCGGGGACCGGCAACGUCGUCGCGCAAUCUAUCGAGAAUGAUGUCUUUCGGCUUCAGGUGCCGGUACCCUCGACGAGUAUGAUCGAGGGGAGUUCGGAGGAGAUUCAAGGUGCGCCUGCUGCAGCAGUCCCGGCACCCAUUACCGCUGCGCGUCUGCAGCAGCUUGCUGUCUCGGCACAGAUUCUGUCCGUCGUCCAAGAGACACGCUCGUACAUGCAACGUCUGUGGCAGUGUAAGAAGUAUGUCAACAAGCCGAAGCUCGCGUCCAAGGAUGCUGGUAGUAAACCGUCCAAGGCGACGCACGCGCCUGCCCUCACCGAAGCGUUUCACAAUCGCAUCACUCACCUCAUGAGUGGUGCGGCGGAUCCGUUGAGCCAACAUGCCAUGUGUUCUGCAUUUGUGGAGCUGAUGUCUGUGGACAAUGAGGUCAAAGUGCGGUCGGAUGAUGAAGACGAGGAGAUGGCGGACGAUGACGAUGCCCGUAGCGAGGGCAGCACGGGCAAGAGUCCCGGACCGCGAGGCAAGAAGAGAAAGUCGGUCGAGGGUGGUGGCAAGGGACCAGCCAAGAAGAGAGGGAAGCAGCAGCGGAAGGGGAGCGCUUCCAAGGUCACAUUCGGCGGUGACGGUAUCGACGACGACGACGUCGACGAACUGGGGUGAAGGAAGCUUCGUUUUACAGCUUCCAAGGAUGGAUGUAUUUGAUAUUUCGCUUAACAUUGCCUGGUUUUGUGCAAUAGCAGAGAUACCCC